AUGCAGGGACAACGAAACUGCGAGAGCCUAGAGGGCAGCCUGUUCACCACAUACGCCUUUGACGCUCUCUCAGUCCCCACGUUCCCCUUCGCCGAGUACAACAACUCCCGCACCCUCACUAUUGCUCACACCAACGGCUUCCAUCGGCUGUCUGUAUCAUUCUGCAAAUGCACAGGCCAUAAGACCGAAGACAUACAGCUUCUGGAGAUGGGAUACUAUCCCGGCUCUCAGAACCGCCCACGCUCCGCCUUCACGUUUCAAUGCCUCGAUGGCUUCCUCACCGAGAAUCGAGUUUGCAAAACCUCGCCGUUCAGCUUCCACUCAAAACUCUGCCACAUGACCAAUGAGAACGCGCCACAUUGGGUGCCUAUGGCAUACAAGGCGCUUCUGCGCACUUCUCGCCAAUGGCGCAAUCUUCAACACAUUCUACGGUCUGGAUUUGCUCAUCGCAAAGAGCCUGCCGGACCAGGAGAUAUGGCAAUCAAGUGCCCGGCCUGUCCACGACCAGGCGUGAAUUUGCCAGAUGGUUGGGAACGUGACAAGACACAUCCGUAUAAAUACAUGCCUUCUUUCGUCCUAGAUGGGGAUUUCACCGUUCAAGGCCGGCUCUUGACUAACCCAGAAAACAGUUUGCCCUUUGCUGAUGGGGAAAUGUUUUCGGUUGCGGACGGACCGUUUCAAGAGCACCUCGAAAAAGAGAGGAACGAACCCCCAACGUGCAAUGCCCACCGUGCAGUGCUCGGCGCGAACUCAUUCCCUGGACUCCUCUUAUUUCUGGUGAUAUACGACGUCGCCUGCCAAUAUUACAUCAACCUUCGCAAGCGUUUUGCCAGGAGACAGAGCUACAUGCCCCUUCCCUCUGGCCUGUUGCUUCUGUUCGGAAUUGGCCAUCCCUUCCAUAUGGGGUUUUUCCUGAUGAUCCACGGGCAUCGGGCGCAGUGCUUCUCCAGGUUUUCCCCCAACUUUGUGACUGGCGCUGGCAUGCAAGAUGGCGAGGUGAUCGACGACCACAUGCAAUACUCAAAUUGGCUCAAGCUUAUCAGAAUGGGUGUGUCCCUUUUAUUUCGCCCUUAA